AUGUCCGGCACAUCAACAUCUCUGUUCGCGGGCGAUGCGCUAUCUGGCCCCGAGAAGAUUGACCUGGCGUCGGUCGUGCAAGCAACCGACCAGGCUCUUAGAGUUUCCGACAACGCUCGAAAGAUCGCCGAUCAGGCUCAAUCAGUUGCCAGAGUCGAGAAAAUUAUCGCUAUGAAUGCCAAGAAGGCUUUGCACGCCGCCAAAGUCGCUCUGAACGCGCUCGUCGGUACCCAUCUCGAGGCGUUCAUUGCAAAACUUGGCGAAGACCUCAAGAAGCGCGGUUUGACCAUUGAAGACCUCGGCAUCAACCCUUGCACUUGGUUUGCUACCAAGUUGAUUCCCUCUGAUGAUGAAAAGGCCGAUGAUACCGCCAAUGCCACCGCUGCUGCCGAGGGUAUCUUGAGGCUCCCAUUUGAGGUGUUUGCCGAGAUCGGUGACUAUCUCAGCGUCACGGACCUCAACGAGAUGCGUUUUGUCAACAAGCGCAUCAAGGAGGCUGUGUCGUUCACAUACGGUAAGAAGAUUUCUGUUACUGAGAACGUCGUCAUCUUUCCUACUUUCGCAAGCGUUGCAGCGUUCUUCAUUGGAGUUGGGUUGGAUGAUGCGUAUCCUGAGAGGAUCCGAACAAUCACCUUGAUUGGCGAGGGACCGGCAGCCCCGGAGUUCAGCUACCGCCACUCUUGGGACCAUGUUCGCAUUCUCAAGUUGCCCGGCAUGCCAGAGCCAACCGAAGAGCAGUGGUAUGAAGAUGCAAAGAUCGUGGAGUUCGCCAACGAUGAGCACGAGCACUGGAGCCGGGCCAACCACUCAUUCUGUCACACUGGCGCAUACCGUACCAUGCUCAGCCUUGUACUCGCCAAGCUGCCCAACUUGAAGACGAUUCGGACUCGCAAGCUGUACCCUGGCGAGCACAUCCCUGGUUGGGCCGGCCCGCAGGCUCUGAAGAAGGUAUCGUUUUACCACCCACGCACUGCAGUCAACGAGGUAUACUAUGCCGAUUGGAACUACGACGAGAAGCACAAGCGAGUCACGAUGUGGACAGACGAGUACGGUGAAGUCAUGGAGGAGGUGGAUGAUGUUGGCCCCCAGGUGGGUUUCAAGGAGGAUCUGGCCGCUGCUAUGGCGCUGUCUGGCACUCAGGCUCAGGUAUUCGAGAUGCAUAAGGAGUUGGAGUUGGUCUGA